UAACAUUAUAAAACACAUGUUUGUUCUUUACCAUAGAUGGAAAACAAAUUGGGGCUUAAUUGUGCCUUUAAAGCAGUCUAACAUAUCAAAUUAAAAAGCAUAAGGAAGUAAUACAUGCCUUGAAUCUUUCUUAUGGCAUAUUUCGUAACUAGGCUUUUAUCUGUAAGAUUAUUUAUUUUGUGAAAAUUAAAUAACAGUUUUAACUGUCACAUCAAAACGGAAGCGUUAUGUCUGUACGUCCAUUGAUUGUAAAUUAGCGAAGGUGAUAUUCAAAUCUUAAGUUCCAUGAAAAUGGAUCAGGAUGCUAUUGAUUCUGAUAUUACUGAACCCAGUUUAUGGAAGGAUACUCUUGCAUAUGAAAACACCGCAAUCGUCUCCAAAAGACAAACCGGAUCCAGGGCACAAACUGUUGACGAUUCGCCUUAUGAAACACUUAAAUUAGAAGAUUUAAAUAAACCUAAAGUUGAAACCAGAAUUCAGGAAAAUAACUUGAAGCGACUCAAAUGUGUGAUAUAUAUCAUGACAGGGCUGAUAAUUGUUCUGUACAUUACAUUAAUCUCUUUGAUUAUAAUUCUAUUUGUGCCGAAGCAUUCAGUUGAUGGUCAUUGGACAGAUUGGUCAAGUUGGACAUCUUGUGACGUAACAUGUGGUAACGGAACGCACAUACGGACAAGAACAUGUACAAAUCCAAUGCCUUCGAGUAAGGGAAGUUACUGUUUUGGAGAAAGUGUUCAGAGCAGUGAAUGCUUAAAAGACAACUGUCCAGUCGAUGGUCGAUGGGCACAUUGGUCAAACUGGUCUUCAUGUGACGUAACAUGUGGUAAAGGACGGCAACUACGAAUAAGAACAUGUACGAAUCCAAUGCCCGAGAAUAAAGGAAGAGAUUGUAUUGGGGAAACUUUACAGAGUAGUAAAUGCUCAAGAGGAAACUGUUCAACAUUCAUGUCUGCAUUCUCGGUGAAAUUUCCAAAAACCUACAGUAAUAUCAAUGGAAUUUACAAACUGACCUUUUACAGUACAAUUUACCAAUAUGGUAAUGAUUUUAAUAUCUCAACAGGAACGUACACCUGUAGCAAACCUGGUGUUUACCAUUUUUCUGCAACAUUGGUGAAGAAGCGGUCAGUAUCAAUGGUUGAUCUUGUUUAUUGUCAUCUUUACAAGAAUAAUCAAUCUCUAAUCUAUGUAAAAACUGAUCCAACUGAUGAUGACACAGACAAAGGAAAUGCUGCUGUAUCCCAGUCUAUCGUGAUUAAUCUUAACGUUGGGGACACUGUGUACCUAACUAGAUGCAGCAAUGCAAGCACAAGUAUGGAGAAGUGGUCGUCGUUUACUGGAUUUCUUCUAUAUGACAAUAUUGAAUUCAUAAUUUUAAAUAAAAAAUACAAAAUGGAAUUGAGUGAUAUUGAAAUGGACAAAAGUAGAUCAAAUGAUGAAAUUGUAUAUGAGAACUUAAAGAUUUCGACCGAAAGUUGUUCUACCGAACCACAGUCAAAGAAAAUUGAAGAGGAACCUUAUGAGACAUUGAAAUAUGGUGACUUUGAUAAAAGAAAAGUUGAAAGUGGAGAUGACGACACUGUAAAGCGACUGAAAUAUGUGAUUUAUGUAUUGAUAGUGUUGAUAAGUGUUCUUUACAUCACUCUUAUCACGUUGGUCAUUGUACUGUUCGUUCCGAAGGAACCAGUCGACGGUCGUUGGGCACAAUGGUCAAGCUGGACCUCGUGUGACGUAACGUGUGGUAACGGAACACAACUACGAACAAGAACAUGUACUAAUCCAAUGCCUGCGAAUAAGGGAAGUGACUGUAAUGGAGAAAGUUUGCAGAGUAGUGAAUGCUCAAAAGACAAUUGUCCAGUCGAUGGUCAAUGGACACUCUGGUCAACCUGGACUUCUUGUGACGUCACUUGUGGACAUGGAACUCAUCUACGUUCGAGGACAUGCACAAAUCCAGUUCCGACUAAUUAUGGACUCGAUUGUACUGGAGAGAGUUUACAAAGUGCUGAAUGCUCAAAAGGAAGCUGUCAAGUCGACGGUCAAUGGGCUGAAUGGUCAAUAUGGAGCUCGUGUGACGUAACGUGUGGUAAUGGAACUCAUCGUCGUACAAGAACAUGUACAAAUGCAGUGCUUACGGAUAAGGGAGUUGAUUGUACUGGAGAAAGUUUGCAGAUUAGUGACUGCUCUAAAAGCAUCUGCCCAGUCGAUGGUCAAUGGGCAUAUUGGUCAAGCUGGACCUCUUGUGAUGUCACAUGUGGACAAGGAUCUCGUCUACGUUCUAGAACGUGUACAAAUCCAGUUCCAGCGAAUAACGGACUCGCUUGUACUGGGAAUAAUUCACAAACUGCUGAAUGCUCGAAAGUGAACUGUCCAGUCGACGGUCGUUGGGCUCAAUAGUCAAGCUGGACCUCGUGUGACGUAACAUGUGGCAAUGGCAAACAUUACCGAUUGCGAACAUGUACGAAUCCAGUGCCUAUGAAUAAUGGAGAUGAUUGUAUUGGAGAAAGUUUGCAGAGCGGUGAAUGCUCAAAAGACAACUGUCCAGUCAAUGGUCAAUGGGCACAUUGGUCAAACUGGACUUCAUGUGACGUCACGUGUGGAAAAGGAACUCAUCAACGUUCUAGAACAUGUACAAGUCCAGUUCCAGCGAAUAGUGGGCUCAGUUGUACAGGAGAGAAUACACAAAAUUCCGGAAACAAACAAACUGCUGAAUGCUCAAGAGACGGCUGCCCAGUCGACGGUAGUUGGGCUCAAUGGUCAAGCUGGACCUCAUGUGACGUAACAUGUGGUAAUGGAAAACAACUACGGUUAAGAACAUGUACAAAUCCAGUGCCUAUGAAUAAUGGAAAUGACUGUAUUGGAGACAGUUUACAGAGCAGUGAAUGCUCAAAAGACAACUGUCCAGUCGAUGGUCAAUGGGCACAUUGGUCAAACUGGACUUCAUGUGACGUCACGUGUGGAAAAGGAACUCAUCAACGUUCGAGAACAUGUACAAAUCCAGUUCCAGCGCAUAAUGGACUCAUUUGUACAGGAGAGAAUACAGAAACUGCUGAAUGCUCAGAAGACAGCUGUCCAGGUCGUAAUAUGAUUCAAUAUAGAUUCAAUAUAGAUAUAAUUAUAUGGAAAAUGAAAGAAAAAACG